CGCAGCAAGCGUCAAGGCUAAACAGCUAACAAGCGGUUAGCAACAGUUAGCCGAAGCUUCUGUACAAGCUCAGCUCUCCAGAGGAAACCUGUUGGAUUGACAGUUUUUUGUAACCCGGAAUCUUUUUUUUUAUACCUCAGACGUUUAUGACUUCGGCGAAAGGAGAAGUAAUACAGGAUCGAGCUAACAUAUUUUAUUCACCCUUGCGUAAAACUUAGUGUAAUAUAAAGUUGUCAUGUUGACGUUUUCUUAUGAAGUUGACGUAAAUUGAUAGUACAACACGAUGCUGUGUAACCAAAGUACGCAGGACAUUUGACGACAAAUACAGUGUAAGCAAGUAAAUGUGAUUUAUACAAACGUGGGAAGUUGCUUAUAAUCGGUGAAAGGAAGGAAAACCUCGUCACAAAUACAGCUGUGUUUACAUUACGAUAGCAUUGCCGAAAUGACUUGACUUAACAAAUUACGGAAGCGGUUACAUGUGUGAAGUAUUUAAAGUGAGAGGUUGAAAAAAAUAAACCACUUUUGUAAGUAGGUAGGUAGAGUUCCUACUUAUUUUAUUUGCCAUGGCGAGUGCCUUAGCAGCGAAGAUGGGAUUUAACUCACUGCUGAGAAAACAACCGAAGAACUUCAAUGUCAGGAUCUGUACAAUGGAGUCAGACAUGGAGUUCAGCUGUGAGGUUAAGUGGAAAGGAAAAGACCUUUUCGACAUGGUGUGUCGAGCUCUGGGACUGAGGGAGACUUGGUUCUUUGGUCUCCAGUACCACAUCAAGGAUACAGUAGCCUGGCUUAAGAUGGAGAAAAAAGUUCUGGACCAGGAGGUACCAAAGGAGGAGACGAUCACCUUUCACUUCUUGGCAAAGUUUUACCCCGAGAACGCUGAGGAAGAGCUAGUGCAAGACAUCACACAGCAUCUCUUCUUCUUACAAGUGAAGAAUAAGAUCCUGGAGGAGGAGAUACAUUGUCCACCAGAGGCUUCUGUUCUGUUGGCCUCUUACGCAGUCCAUGCAAAGUAUGGAGAUUACGACCCCAGCGUUCACAAACCUGGCUUCCUAGCAGAAGAAGAACUUCUGCCAAAGAGGGUGAUUAACUUGUACCAGAUGACUGCAGAAAUGUGGGAGGAGAGGAUCACAGCCUGCUAUGCGGAGCACAGAGGCAGGAUGAGGGAUGAAGCUGAAAUGGAGUAUUUAAAAAUAGCUCAGGACCUGGACAUGUACGGUGUCAAUUACUUCUUGAUCAGGAAUAAAAAGGGAACCGAUCUUCUCCUGGGUGUGGAUGCCUUGGGUCUGCAUAUCUACGAGCCGGAAAACAGGUUGACUCCCAAGUGCUCCUUCCCCUGGAACGAGAUCCGCAACAUCUCCUACAGUGACAAGGAGUUUACGAUCAGACCUCUGGACAAAAAGGCAAAUGUUUUCAAGUUCAACUCUUCACGUCUGAGAGUCAACAAACUGAUUCUUCAGCUGUGUAUAGGAAACCAUGACCUGUUCAUACGUAGGAGGCGAGUCGACUCCCUGGAAGUGCAGCAGAUGAAGGCCCAGGCCAGAGAGGAGAGAGCCAGGAAACAGAUAGAGCGGCAGCGUCUGCAGAGGGAGAAGCAGCUGCGGGAGGAGGCAGAGCGAGCCAGGGAUGAGCUGGAGAGGAGGUUGCUUCAGCUGCAGGACGAGUCUCACAUGGCCAACGAAGCUCUGCUACGUUCAGAGCAGACGGCCGACUUGCUGGCUGAAAAAGCCCAGAUCGCAGAGGAGGAGGCAAAGCUGCUGGCCCAGAAAGCUGCCGAGGCUGAGACGGAGAUGCAGCGCAUCAAAGUGACUGCCAUCAGGGGUCAGGAGGAGCGUCGGCUCAUGGAGCAGAAGAUGCUGGAGGCCGAAAUGCUGGCACUGAAGAUGGCCGAGGAGUCAGAAAGAAGAGCCAAAGAGGCUGAUCAGCUGAAGCAAGACCUGCAAGAAGCCAGGGACUCAGAACGGAGGGCUAAGCACAAGCUUCUGGAGAUCACCAGCCGGGCUGUCUAUGCGACCCCUGGGCUCCCGUCCGACAAUAUGCCUCCGGACCUGAGUUUCAGCAGAGAGAACCUGAGCUUCGACUUUAAAGACACCGACAUGAAACGCCUCUCCAUGGAGAUAGAAAAAGAGAAAGUGGAGUACAUGGAGAAGAGCAAGCACCUGCAGGAGCAGCUGAACGAGCUGAAGACGGAGAUUGAAAGUUUGAAGCUGAAAGAGAGAGAGACUCCUCUGGAUAUCAUUCACAACCAGAACACUGAGCAGGGCACCAGCAAGCACAGCAACUUUAAAAAGCUGACACUUCAGAGCACCAAGUCCAGAGUGGCCUUCUUUGAAGAACUUUAAACUGUUACCUCUCCUUUCUCCAUUCCUGGUCAGAGUGAGUGACAAACUGCACUACGCCGCCUUAUAUCCCAUUUACUGGGAAUGACAAUGAAACACUAUGGGGGGGACAAAAACAAAAAUGACCACUAUCAUGAACUGCACCACCUUCAGGGUGGUUUGUGUAAGCACACGGGAGAAUUAAUGGCUAUUUUUCGGCAUAGUGUGUAUUUUUUAUUUUAGAAACUGGGAUUUAUAUUGAAGUAGUGUUUACAGCAGUGUGUGAAGGACAGAACAUUCCUGUUGAAUGUUGUGAAGGGAAAAAGGGAAAGGAAAAAAAAAUCAUGUAUAUUUAGCUCAAGUGUUUUCUUUUUAGGCUUAGCUCAAGUGACUAAUACUGGUGAGGUUUACAGGGUUUAUUAUAUCAUGUCCAAUUUUGGUGACCUACAUGUGUCUUUACAGUGGAUUUUAAAAUUCAUACACUGCUAAGGGAGGAUUGAGAAUGAGCUGUUAUUUAGCUGACCUUUACUCUGACCCAGUUGCACUAUGUUGUACCAAUGAAUGGGGUUUGUAUGUCAGGAGUGUGAAACUGCUAUAAUUCCAUAUAUUUGGAAAGUGCCAAGAGUUUCUUCAUAUAAUAUAUAUAACUAUCUGGUAAUAUAUAUAACUAACUAGUCACAGUUAUGACAGUGA